UGGGCACCGGCGGAAAGUGCGCGGGGCCGGCGGCACCGGGAACCGAUGGGAUCGGGAACCGAUGGGACCGGGAACCGAUGGGAUCGGGAACCGAUGGGAUCGGGAACCGAUGGGACCGACACCGCGGCAUCCCCCGGCACCCUCCGGCACCGCUCGGCCCCGCCACAGUGAAGCCAAAAGGCUGGAAUUAGGAAGGCAGCAGAUGGAAUACACAAUGGCUGAUCCACACCUAGUGCGAGUUAAAGAGCUGGAGCUGCAGAGGCGGCUGGCAGCGGUGUCAGCACGGCAGCAGCUGGCCCUGCGCAGGAACCGGGCUCUGCAGGAGCAAUUCCUGCAGCUGGAGGCUCACAUGGAAACUGCAGGCUGGGAGAGCAUUCGGAAGAUGGAAGAAUGGUACGGAAGGGAAAUUAAAAACCUUCGAGAGGGCAGCUUGUCAGCAGGAKGUGACAAGGAGGAAGGACCCAGCAAGCAGGUGCUGCAGGCUGUAGGAUGGGUGGGAAUUGGCACCGAGACAGCCAUGCCAAGAGGACUGGACCAUCCASCCACAGCCUCAGUGGGCUUCUCCACAUCAGCUACCUCAGCCACAGGAGGUUUGGAGUCCCAGCAGGACCCCCGUACAUCCUCCCCAUCCCCUGAGGGGCUCGGUACCAAGACAGGGAGCGCUGCUGGAGAGAGUGAGGAGGGAGCAGCAGGACACGGGGACCUGUCUGCCAGCGAGGAAAGCUCUGAGCAGCUCAUCUCAGCUUCUGGUGCCAAAGCAGCUCCCUCCCAGCAGGGACAGCGGCAGGGAAGUGUUCCAGGAGCAAAGCCUGGCCUGAGCAGCUUGUGGACUCGCAAGAAGGGGAGCAGUGCAGAGCUCCCGAUCCCUGCUAGUGCCGAAGAGGAGGCAGUGCCAAGCGUUUCCAGCACACAGAGGGAGCAGGGUGGGGAUGCCCAGGCUCCAGAGGGCUCCCCGCUGCCACCAUGGAGCCCUCCCACAGCCCAGGGGGAGCCCUCGGACAGCUCAGCACCACAAAGGUGCCGCGGGACGCUGGCCGACCUCUCGGAGCUCUACCGUGUGCUGCAGCUCAUGGAGGAGCUGGUGGAGACGAUGAGUCCCAGGCAUCGGGUGCUGUACCAGGGCCAGCCCUCAGGGACAGYGGAGCUGCCCAGUGGGRCCGGCGGGCUGGCCCAAGGCGACCUUGAGGCGAUGGAAGCCGCGGUGCUCUGGCAGCUCCAGGCCUUGUCCCAGCGCAAGCGGAGCGGGAGCGUCCCUCUGGAGAACGCCGGCGGGGCUGCGGGCAGAGCGGGGUGCAAGGAGCACAGCAGCUACAGGGACACAGGACUCACUGCGGGGGAUGCAGAGGCGCUGCGGAUUCGCCUGAGCGACCAUGGCUUGUUCCUGAAGCAGCACCGGGUUCAGCUUCCGGAGAGGGUGGCAGAGAUGUUCGAGAAGCUGCUGGCUCCAGGCAUGGAGGAGCAGGACAGCCAGGCUCUGCCAGCCCUUCCAGGAGAGCGUGGAGAUAGGUCACCUGUCGAGGGUGAUGAAUCCUCUCUCAGCUUGCUUUCGACCCCGACCAACAUCAAGAGAGGAAAGCAGGUGGAACUGGCGGGGAGAGAACCAGGUCGGGAUCGUGGCCACGACAGUCCCAAAGGAAGUGACAGCCUGGAAACGCAUUCAAAAAGCAGCUCCUCAUUGGAUGGAAGCGCUCCUCCCUUCUCCAGGACUGAAUUGCGGAAGGAGACGGUAACUGCCAUAAAAUCCAAAGCGUUCUGGGGUGAAUCUGACGACAGCAGCUCCGAGCUCGAGGUUGCUCUGCGCCCACAGACCCACAGUGCAGACUCAGAUGACUUUGAUGACUUCUACGACUGAGAUUCUCCCACUGGCCUUUGGGAAGAAACAAAGCGUAUUUUCUUUCACACAGUGAGUGUGCCAUGGACUGAAGUGCUGCUUGUCAUUUUAUGGGGAAAGAAAAUUGAAACACCAAAUAAACAUUA